CGUGUAACGAAGUAUCACGUGGUCUCGACGCCCUCUACAUACUCGCUAUAGCGAUUUCUGUUCUCUUUGUUGCAGGGAUAACAACGGCGAUUAUUAUUGUUGUAUGGCGUAAGCUGGUCCACAGAGAUAUGUCCAAAGGGCAACACAAAGUUCUACUGUCCAGUGAGGAUCUUGUGUUUCUGAGAAAGAGGGACGUUCAAAAGGGAUCUAAGUUGAUCAACGGAAGUAUGAUGGAGCGGCCGGAUCUGCUUAAAGGGUCAGCAGGUGAGCGACACGCGACCAGCCGCUCUCUGGCCAGCCUUCAUGAGUACGCCGACAUAACUGAAACCGCCAGAUAUAAUGGGGAUCUUGUUCAUGUGAAGGAGCUCAAAACGAAGAACUUUGAAAUUAAAAGUAAAGUUCUCCACGUGAUUAAAACGUUACGGGACAUAAGGCACGAGAACGUGAACGCAGUUGUCGGUUUCUAUGACGACCCAAGUUGCCCAUGUCUCAUAUCUGACUUCUGUCCGCGAGGAAGUCUAGAGGAUGUUCUCAAUAACCAUGAUAUCAAACUAGACUGGGACUUUAAAGUGUCGCUUCUCACGGAUCUUAUAAGGGGUGUUCGAUACAUUUAUAAUUCCUCUAUACAUUGGCAUGGAAACCUGAAAUGCAGAAAUUGCCUCAUAGAUAGUCGAUGGGUGCUAAAGGUCUCUGAUUUCGGUGUACCGGUUUUAUUUGGUGCUGCAAAACUUAAUCCAGAAUUCACAGACAGUGAUCUGUUAUGGAUGGCCCCGGAGCAUCUCCGCAACGCCGUGCCUCCCCUACAUGGCUCAGAAAAGGGCGAUGUAUACAGCAUCUCAAUCAUCAUGCAGUGUGUUAUCCUGAGAGCCGAUCCAUACUGUACCUCAGGCCUUUCACCGCACGAAAUCAUAAACAAGCUUAAGCACCCGCCUCCGCUGUUGCGGCCGUCUGUUAGCCACGGGGCUGCUCCGCCCCAGUACAUUCAGCUGAUGAAGAUGUGCUGGACAGAAAACCCUGAGAUGAGGCCUUCUUUGGAGGAGAUUUACCAGCAGUACAAGCUGUUCACAGGAGGAAAGAAGAUGAACAUAGUAGACACAAUGUUCAGAAUGCUGGAGAAGUAUUCUACUGACCUUGAGGAACUGGUAAAGGAGAGGACUCUUCAAUUGGAGGAGGAGAAAAAGAAGACAGAUGUGCUUCUCUACAGAAUGCUUCCACCAACUGUUGCUGAUAGUCUCAAAGUGGGACGGACAAUCGCUGCUGAGCAUUUCACCGCAGUCACUAUAUACUCUGAUAUAGUCGGCUUCACCACAAUAUCAGCCAACAGCACGCCAAUGCAAGUGGUUGCCCUUCUCAAUGACCUCUAUACAAUGUUUGAUGCAACAAUCGACGCCUAUGAUGUGUACAAGGUGGAGACCAUAGGUGACGCGUACAUGGUGUGUAGUGGACUACCACUGAGGAACGGAAACCGUCACGCCGGGGAGAUCUCUAACAUGGCGCUAGACCUAUUGUCCGAGUGUGGCCACUUCACAAUUAAACAUAUGCAUGAGGUCCCCCUACGCGUACGGAUAGGGCUCCAUACUGGACCAUGCGUCGCGGGCGUAGUGGGUUUAACGAUGCCGAGAUACUGUUUGUUUGGGGAUACAGUCAACACGGCAUCCAGGAUGGAAUCUACAGGCGCUGCUUACAGAAUACAUAUGAGUGAAGCUACCAAGACCAUACUUGAAGACUUGGGUGGCUAUUAUUUUCAAUGUAGAGGCGAGGUGGAAUUGAAGGGUAAAGGUAUGGCAAAGACGUACUGGCUUAUCACAAAAGACGGGUUCACGAAAGAGCUACCUUCGCCACCGCCAAUUGCAAGUGGAGACAAUCAUGGACUGAGCCUGGAGGAAUUCCAAGUUAAGACACUUAAGCGAACGGACACCUCGCAGAGCUUAACCCUUGGCCAAAGUAGCAGCGACAUGGCAAGUCCGGGUGAAAUUUCAAAACAUGUUCAAUAUGAAAAUGCAAAGGUUUUAGCUGUACAACCUAUGAAACAUCAUAAAACAUCAGGAGAAUAUAAGGUUGAUCUAACUAAAGGAGAGGAAUGCACUGGUAACCGUCAAACAAAAAGUAGAACAGAUUCUAUCAUUAAGAAAUACACUAAAAGCAACUGUGAUUUAAAACCGGAUGAUGUGAUUGCAACAAAUUCUGAAUUAAAUAAACCUCCCGAAAGGCCUUUAAGCCCUAUAGUUAAAGUACAAAACACAAAUUAUGCAGAGGGAAAAGGCAGUUUUGUUACCCUAAAGUUGAAGACAAGAAGUCGUAUCAUAAUUCCUAUGGAUGCAUAACUGAGGUCAAGGGAUCUCAUAG